AUGGUAGGAGUAUCCCGUUUCACGCAAGUGAGGGACAAGAUUCAAAGUUCUCUCCUCUUGGAUGAAGGACAGCCAUGCAAGCAAGCAAGGUUUCGAAAAGGAUUCAGCUGGGCUGACCACAUUCACACUGUUUCGAAACUCAACGUGGUGUCACGAGAAUGCAAGAUACCGCUCUGUCUCACCUUCAUCGACUUGAAGAAGGCAUUCGACACAGUUGAGACGGAAGCGGUCGUGGAAGCCUUGGACAACCAAGGUGUCCCUACUAAGUACAUAAAGGUGCUUCGAGAGUUGCACAGCAACUUCACGACCGGAAUUUCGCCAUUCUACAAGGAUAUCAUCAUUGACGUGAAGAGAGAGGUCCGUCGGGGUGAUACAAUCUUACUCAAAAUAUUCACGGCCACCCUCGAGAACGCAGUACGAAAAUUGGAAUGGAAGGACAUGGGCCUCGAGAACGCAGUACGAAAAUUGGAAUGGAAGGACAUGGGCCUCGAGAACGCAGUACGAAAACUGGAAUGA